AAACAAAAAUACACCCAUUUGUUUUUUAUUAAUACUUUUGGUAUAUGAUGUUGACUUACGUAAUAAAAUAAUAAAUUGUUUACAAAUCAUUUUCAUCACAAAUUCAUAUUUAGUUAUUAUCUAUUACCAUUUUCAAAAUUUAUUUUGUGGUAAAUUCAAAGAAGUUUCUUAAAUUAAUAUGGAUGGUGAGCCGGAAGCAUUAUUUGAUACAGCUACAAACUGCAACCUAGGAUGUGGCUCUGAAACAUUGUCAGACAUCAAUCAAGCCAAACUGGAUUCAUUAGAAAAAAAAGCAGUUCAUCUGAGGUUGGUUUUGGAAAAGGAUUUUAAAGCUGCGGAUAUCAAAUGGAGUUUAUUCGUGUCAGCAGCUUUUAGCUUUCGGUACGAAAGUUGUCUUCGACCUUUUCCACCCGCCUUCAUAAAGAAUGGUAUCAAGGACAUGGAUGAAUUACUAAGUGUGAUCACUGAUAUACCAGCUUUGGAUUUAGUCUUACAACAGCUAGACAAUCUGGACAAUUUAAGCAUUAUCAGUGGAAUUAUUGAUUUGCUUUUCUAUGUUCUGGUUCGACUAAAAGAACCAACUCUGAAGACUAUUCCUCAAGAAGUGCAUGAAUCUAUUUUGUCCUAUGCAAACGCCAGUGCCCAAAAUACACCAAAACCACAGUAUGUUUUCCAAGUUUGCUACUCAAACAAGUCAGCAGCAGAAGCAAAAUGGAAGGAAUUGGCUAGAAAUCAUAAUACAUUUUAUGCAUUUCACGGAAAUCGUUUAGAAAACUUUUAUACUAUUAUGAAUUUCGGACUUCAACAACAGAUGAAUAAGAAUACAUUGAUGGGAAAUGGAGUAUAUUUGUCAACAGAUCUCAAUACAAGUUUACCGUACAGUCAUGGAGGUUUCGGUUGGGGCGCUAGUUGUAUUGGUGGGCAUCUAUCUUGUAUAGCAAUGUGUGAAGUUAUUGAUGCUCCUGAAGGAAUAAACUACCAGAAACCUAUUUCUAAUGAAGGGGAUGGUGUUUAUACAGAUGACAAAAACCAAUUGGUGUCCGAUCCUGCCCUCGAAGGACAAAAUUUAUCACAGUACAUUGUAACUAAUUGUGAUUUAGUAAGAUUAAGGUACCUGUUGGUGUAUGCAAAACAACCUGCCUCCAUGCGUUUUCCAACAACGUCCGUCAAUGGUCGGAAUGUUGGUGGUCUUCGUCAAUGGUUGUCAAGACACAAAUUGUUCUCAAUUUUACUUGGUUAUGGUUUAAUGUUGGCCACAAUUGGGUUUGCUAAUAAUCAACCGGUUCAUUAUUAUUACAAAAUGUUUUUAAAAAAACUGGACAUAGCUUAUAGUUCUGUUAAAAUAUAAUAUCUUGUUUGCCGCGUUAUGCCGAGGUGUGUCGUAUUUUGAAGUUUGUAAAUUUUUGUGUCCGAUUAUAAAGAUUUACUAA